UUCAACUGAACGGACGGUCUGUGCCAACGAGGGUCGCCACAAAACUAUCUGACGUGCGAUUUGCGAUCCCACGCGAGUGUCCACCGCGAAAUGUUACUCGGUGCGUUGUCGUUAUCCUUGCCACUGUCGUUGGUCCUGUCGCUGUCAUUUGCCGGAUUUUGGCAGCCCUCGCCAAAGUUGUGAGCGAGUGAAAGUUUUGUGCAUUUGUCGUGCGGCGACUUCGGUUUACCAUUUGCAUUCGCAUUUGCGUGCUUAAUUUGAAAAGGAAAGUAAGGUAAAGGAUUUCCAAAGCCAUGGCCAUGCCGCACUGGCUGCCACGCCCACGCCCCCGGUUUCGUCCACGCCCGCAGGUUAAUGUCCUGCAAUUGGGCACCGCGAUAAUAGCCACUGCCGCGGUUACCAUGUUGAUGACAGCCACUCCCACACUCGCCGAAAUCCCAGCAAAAGGCAAACACACGCGCCUGGACACCCAGCAGACGGCACAGGAAGAUUCGGAUUUUCCGCGAUUUGCUGAACCCAUUGCCAAUGUCACCGUCUCCGUUGGAAGAGAUGCCCUUAUGGCCUGCGUGGUGGAGAACCUCAAGGGCUACAAGGUGGCCUGGGUGCGGGUAGACACCCAGACCAUCCUUUCUAUCCACCACAAUGUCAUCUCACAAAACAGCCGGAUCAGCUUGACCUACAAUGACCAUCGAUCGUGGUACUUGCACAUAAAAGAGGUGGAGGAGACGGAUCGCGGUUGGUACAUGUGCCAAGUCAACACGGAUCCCAUGCGCUCCAGGAAGGGCUACUUGCAGGUGGUUGUUCCCCCGAUGAUUGUCGAGGGGCUGACCAGCAAUGACAUGGUGGUGCGCGAGGGUCAGAAUGUCUCCCUGGUUUGCAAGGCACGUGGCUAUCCCGAGCCCUACGUCAUGUGGCGUCGCGAGGACGGCGAGGAGAUGCUGAUUGGCGGGGAGCACGUCAACGUGGUCGACGGGGAGCUGCUGCACAUCACCAAAGUGAGUCGCCUCCACAUGGCCGCAUAUCUGUGCGUCGCCUCCAACGGAGUCCCGCCAUCGAUUAGCAAGCGGGUCCACCUGCGUGUGCAAUUUCCACCGAUGCUCUCCAUUCCCAAUCAGCUGGAGGGAGCCUAUGUGGGUCAAGAUGUUAUACUCGAGUGCCACACUGAGGCCUAUCCUGCAUCGAUUAACUACUGGACUACAGAGCGCGGCGACAUGAUCAUAUCGGACACCUCGCGAGCCGGCGAUAAAUACGAGACCACAUCAACCGUCAGCGGUUACACGAAAUACAUGAAGUUAAAAAUCCGUGCCGUUGGUCCAAACGAUUUUGGCACAUAUCGCUGUGUGGCCAAGAACUCUCUGGGCGAAACUGAUGGAAACAUAAAGUUGGACGAAAUGCCCACACCAACAACAGCCAUUAUUUCCGAGAUGUCCUUGCUCAACCGCAGCUAUGAUGGCAAGAGACGUCAUAGAAAUAAAUUUGACUCGGCUAACGCUUUGCCUGAUUAUGGGGUUGAGGAGUGGCGUGACGGUGCCCAAGGCAACCAUGCUGGGAACAAUGGCGAUAACAAUCAAACGCCCGUGCGUAAUCCGCCCGGAGCAUUUCACAAUUCUGCAGGCUCACUGGCGCAGCAUAAUCUACUUGCUAAAAUAAUGCUCGGCAUUAAAACGCAAUCAUUUGGGAUUUUCAAACGUUUAUCGAGUUCUUUGCCGGCGGCGCAGGGCUUGCCGACGUGGCUGUCGACGUUAUCGCUGGUCUCGCCAAGUCGGUGGCGUAUGAGUAAUAUGGAAAACCAGCCGAACUCACCGGAGACCGUUGUCAACAACGAUACAGCCGCUGGAUGCUGGGUGAGCAGAAGCCAUUGCGGGAGCAACAACAUCACAAAAAGCCCACAAAUGUGGGCGCGGCAAGUGCGCAUAUUUCACAUUGCUCAUACGCCGUGUGGCGCGUCAACGCAGCACUCGAAACGCCAACGCCUAUGCGAACGCCAGUGGCAAUGGCUGUGGAAGUGGAAGUGGCAACGUCAAUGGCAGUGGCCAAUGCUCAUUUGCAUAGUAAUAUUGGCUGGCUGUUUUGUUCGGUGGCUGCCAAUGCUGCUGCAUUUUAUCGGCCGGCACAUCGGAACAUUUUCUAUUAGCGAGACGCAUAGGCAACAUUUAAUGUGCCCAUUUUGGGCCACCCGUGGUAAUAAGGUUGUCGCCAAAAACACCUCCCCAGCCGGGCCCAGCUCUGUCGGAAUGCUCUGCCCUUGGAAGUUUUCAAGAUGAAAUCAAAUAAUUGCAAGGGCCAAAGAAAACCCAUUUGGAGCACAAGCAGCUUGAGGAAUAAAAUCAACCUUGGCCAGGCGAGGACCAGGAUAAGGAUGAAUAGAGUGGCGAGGAAGCAGUCCAGACAAUUGCAGCGGUGGGAUAGACAUACAAACACGCAUAGAGUCGGAUAUAUAAUAGAUAUGUUUAUACUAGAGCGUAAAAUUAAAAUCAAGAGUGACAGCUGAUGUGCAGCAAAUAAUGUUAGCUGCAUCCGACACUCGGCAAUUGAUGUGGCCUCCUUAUUUAUCGGAAGGCUAACCAAUUGGAAUGUACCUAUGAGUAUCAAAAUGAAUGUUUUGAAUGUCUUCAUAUAAAAAGUA